GGAAGCUGCCCCUUUUAUCAGCUCCACGGUUACGUAGACCAUGGCUGAGCUCCACAGACGCGGCGGAGGCAGAUCUUCGGCUACUGGGGGAGCAUCUUCCACCUCCUCCGGGGGCCAUAGGGAAACAUCCGGAGACACCUCCACGGUGUUCGCCAAACUGCUCGCCGCGGCUUUUUACGGCGUCAGCUCGUUUCUGAUCGUUGUUGUCAACAAAAGCGUCCUCACCAGCUACAGGUUUCCGUCAUCAACAUGUGUUGGGAUUGGCCAGAUGCUGGCCACCAUAGUGGUCCUACGGACUGGGAAACUGUUGGGUGUCAUCUCAUUCCCAGAUCUGGACUUGACCAUACCUGGCAAGAUGUUCCCUCUGCCGCUGCUGUAUGUGGGGAAUCAGAUCUCAGGCCUUUUCGGGACACAGCGACUGAACUUACCAAUGUUCACGGUUCUGAGGAGGUUCAGUAUUUUUCUCACCAUGGUGUUUGAGGGAUUCCUGCUGAAGAAGACCUUCUCUGCCUCCAUAAAGAUGACAGUGUUCACCAUGAUCUUUGGUGCUUUUAUCGCUGCAAGCGCCGACUUAGCUUUUGAUCUUGAAGGAUACAUUUUCAUAAUGCUCAACAACAUCCUGACGGCAGCCAGUGGGGCUUUUGUGAAGCAGAAGCUGGAGUCCAAGGAGCUUGGAAAAUACGGACUGCUGUAUUACAAUGCUUUGAUCAUGAUUUUCCCCACGCUGGCAUAUGCAUAUUACUCAGGAGACUUACAGAUGGGACUGGAAUACCAAGGAUGGGCUGAUCAGCUGUUUGUUGUGCAGUUUGUGCUCUCCUGCGUCAUGGGCUUUGUCUUGAUGUACUCCAUCAUGCUGUGCACGCAGUGUAACUCAGCACUCACUACCUCCAUUAUCGGCUGCAUCAAAAACAUCCUGGUCACGUACAUUGGGAUGGUGUUUGGAGGAGAUUAUAUAUUCACCUGGCUGAACUUCUUAGGUCUAAACAUCAGCAUUGCUGGCAGCCUGGUGUACUCCUAUAUCACUUUCACACAAGAACAAACCAAAAAGGCAUAAAUCUUGGAUUGCAAACCCAGCGAAGGUGAAGAGUGAUGAUCGCCCAACCAGUCCGUGAAGUCCGCACACUUCCAGGAGAAAUGAUCUGACUUUUUAACUUUGCAGAUGUCUCUAUAUUUUAUAGAAAACUUUUUCUUCCUAAGCAAGAUUUUAACAUUUAUAAAGUCAGGAUGAUUUAGUUUGUCUCACUGCAAAACCUGAUAAUUUUUUCCUAAAACAAGCCAAUUUGCCCUUAAAUUGAGCAGGUGAAUAAGAUGAGCUGACAAUGGAACGAGUAUUUUUCCCCCUUAGAAUAAGAUACUUGCAGUCAUAUGAAAAGGUUUGGGCAUCCCUAUUAAUCCUAAUUAUUGUUAUUUCUAAAUAUUGCAACAGCUACUUAAGUUUGGUAUAUCUAAUAACUGACGGACACAGUAAUAUUUCAGUAUUGAAUUGAGGUUUAUUGAACAGAAAAUGUGCCGUACGCAUUAAAUCACAAUUUGACAGGUGCAGAAACAUGGACACCUAAGAUAAAAAGAGACAUUAAUAUU